AUGGCUGAAGCAAUUGUUUCGGUUUCCUUGGAGCUGUUGGAUUCAAUUCUACUUUCAACUGCUAGCUUCAUAGGAGAACAGGUGAGGCUAGUGGGAGACAUUGACGAAGAAGUAGAUAAACUUAAGAACAAUCUUCAAGCCAUUCAAGCUGUGCUACUUGAUGCUGACCAAAAACAAAUGAAGAAUAGAGCUGUGAGAGUUUGGUUGAAUCGGCUCAAAGACGCAUGCUAUGACGUGGAAGAUGUGUUGGAUGAGUGGAACACUGAAAUCAUGAAACUCAAAAUUCAUGGAGGUCAUGUUCAUAAUGCUCUUGCUCCUAAGAAAAAGGUAUGUUGCUUUUUUCCCUCUCCUUGCUUUGGCUUCAAAGAAGUUGUUUUACGUCAUGAUAUUGCGGUUAGAAUAACAGAGAAAAAUAAAAAGUUAGAUGCUAUUGCAAAAGAAAAAGGUGAUUAUAAUCUUAAUAUCAUUUUAGCUAAUGAGAGACCUGAUUAUCAACGAAUACAAACUACCACUUUUAUCAAUGUAUCUGAUAUAUGUGGUAGAGAUUUUGAGAAGAAAUAUUUAAUUAACAGGUUAUUGUGUGAGAGUAGUGAACAAAACCUCCAAAUCAUCUCACUUGUAGGGAUGGGAGGAAUUGGAAAAACAACUCUCGCUCAAUAUGUGUACAAUAAUGGUGAUGUAAAGAGCAAUUUUAACAUCAGAAUAUGGGUGUGCGUAUCAGAUCCUUUUGAUGAGCUCAUGAUUGCCAAAGCAAUUAUUCAAUCUCUAGAAAAUUCUAGUACUCCUAUUGUAGGUGAUCUACAAUUUCUUCUUCAACGUAUUCAUGACUCUAUUGCGGGUAAAAAAUUUCUUCUUAUUUUAGAUGAUGUGUGGAAUGAAGAUUACAAUAAGUGGGAACCAUUCUAUCAUUGUUUGAAGAACGGUCUCCAUGGAAGUAAAAUUUUAAUUACCACGCGUAAAGAGUCGGUAACACGUAUUAUGAAGUCAAUUGAUAUUAUCAAUGUUGAAGAAUUGUCAUAUGAAGAGAAUUGGGAACUAUUUAGGAGACUAGCUCUUUUUGAAAGACCUACUCAUGAGUGUGAAAAAUUAGAAGAAAUUGGUAGGGAAAUCGUUAAGAAGUGCAAGGGGUUACCUCUUGCUACAAAAACCAUCGGGAGUCUUUUGCAGUUUAAGAGGAGUAGCGAUGAAUGGCAACGUGUUUUACAUAGUGAAAUGUGGAAAUUAGAGGAGAUUGAAAAGGGUCUUCUAUCCCCUUUGAUGUUGAGUUAUAACGAUUUGCCAUCCUCGAUAAGAAAAUGUUUCUCUUAUUGUGCUGUCUUUCCAAAAGAUCACCAUAUAAUAAAAGAUAAAUUAAUUAGAUUAUGGAUGGCGCAAGGUUAUUUGGGGUUAGAAAAAGAUCCAAAGUUAGAGACAAUAGGUGAAGAGUAUUUUCAUCACUUAGCUACACGAUCUUUCUUCCAAGAAUUUGUAAAAUCUAAAGAUGUUAUAUUGGGUUGUAAGAUGCAUGAUAUAGUGAAUGACUUUGCACUAUUUUUGAGUAACGGUGAAUGUCUUGCUAUAGAAGUCAAUAUUGGUGAUAAGGAUCCUUUUAUAAACUCUUCUAACAAAAAUGUUCGUCAUUUAAUGUUAAAGGUUAAUAAAGGGGUUUCAUUUCCCAUGACCAUUUGUAGUGUUAAAAGUCUACGUAGUCUCCUCAUGAUUAGUGAUGACAGAGAUUAUAAUGCAUUGUCCGGUGAUGUUUUACAAAAUUUAUGUAAAUUGACGUGUUUAAGGUCAUUGAAAUUCCCGAAAUAUAGAGUUGAAGAGAUUCCAAAAGAUAUAAAAAAAUUGAUUCAUUUAAGGUAUCUUGAUUUGAGUUCACAAAAUAUAGUACAAUUACCAGAAAGCUUGAGCGAAUUAUAUAAUUUGCACACUUUAGACAUUAGUGAUUGUCGUGAUUUAGUUGAAUUACCUCAAGGGAUAGACAAAUUAGUAAAUUUGAGGCGAUUAACAAAUGUUUGGAGUCACGCACUACUUUACAUUCCGAAAGGGAUUGAGAAAUUAACUGGUCUUCAAACAUUGAGCGAAUUCGUUGUAAGUAGUGAAGGUGAUAGUGACAGCAAAGCAUGUAGUCUCGAAGGAUUGAAAUAUUUGAAUGAUCUUGAAGGGAGCCUUACAAUAAGAGGGUUGGGAUUUGUGAAAUUUGCGAGUGAUGGUAAAAUUAACCAACUACUUACGAAUAAGGAAAACCUCACUAGUCUGAGUCUGCAGUUUCAUAAGUGGAAAAGGAAGGGGCCGGUAGUUUGGGAGCCGAUAACUUCUGGAGGAGGGGUAUCAUGUGAAGAUUAUGAAUUAGUCCUCGAAGCCUUACUACCACCUCCAAAAUUAGAGCGGCUGAACAUAGAACACUACAGGGGCAACACUUUUCCCUCCACUUGGAUCACGUCAUUAACCAAGCUGAAGUCUUUAUUUCUUCAGAAUGUUUCCAAUUGUGAGAAUUUGCAUCCACUGGGAAAACUGCCAUUCCUUGAAAGACUACAUAUAGACAAUAUGUAUGUGAAAAAAGUGGAUAAUGUGUUUUGGGGAAUGGAAAGUGGAACCUCUUCGUCAUCUUCAUCCUCUUAUUUCUUCCCCAAGUUGAAAGAACUUGAAUUUUGGUAUAUGCACGAAUGGGAAGAGUGGGACAACCACAAUACAAAGAAGGGAGAAGAUAAGGAACAUAUUAAAUUUAUGCCUUGUCUUGCUACCUUGCAAAUUGAGUAUUGCCCCAAAUUAAAGGCACUUCCAGACAGCCUUCUCCAGAGAACAGCACUCAAAGAAUUGGCCAUUUAUCAUUGUGAUAUUCUACGUGAACGAUACAAAGAGGGAACAGGAGAGGACUGGCACAAGAUCUCUCUUAAUAUCAUAAUCGAUAAUGAAUGGAUCAAACGGCAGCAAUAA